AUGGAUGAGGAAGGUAAGGAGUUGAGGAAGAGAGGGGAAGUAAAUGAUGGCCCACAUAAAGAACGGAUACAUGGGGAUCUAGAUGUGCAAUCGUAUAGUAAUGUCAAAGGUAAUGUAUUGAAUGCAUCCACAUCUCAUCCCGUUUAUGAAAGGAGAACCAAAAGGAUACCGAAGCCAUCAUAUUACAAGAUUUCUCCGUACUUGUCCCUGUCUGCAUUCGAUACAACCCUUGGGCCGGUUCCCGAACUCGACCAAGUAACAGCUUUCGCUACUUCUUCGAUACCAUUUCCUCUACAGAUGGAUCCUUUCAAGAUACUAUCCGCUCAGGAGGUGAAAGAGGUAGAGGACUGGUACAAGGCAAACAAGGACAUGGCAGCGGAGAAAUGGUUCAGUACGAUCUGGAUGAUAGAUGCGUUGGUUGAUAGCGAGGCUAUCGACACAUACAUUGAGUUCCUUCAAAAAAGGCAUAAUGACCUUUCAAUAGCAUAUCCUCAGGAUUGUAAGUUCUGUCCUACGUAUUUUACGCAAAGCCUUGAGGGGUGUUUGCCGAUUUUGAUCGCAUACCGGGCCUCCAAAUCGGCGUCAGAACGGGCCUCGCUAAUAGGCCAGCUGAACACAGUGUACGCAAUUGCCAAGCAGUGAGAUAAACCAUACGCUAAAGCGAUUUGGUGUUAUGAACGGGUAAUGCACUCGUCACAGAACAUCAUCUCUUACUGUUAUGUGUUCUAUCAUGUUUUGACUAAUAUAUUAUUUUGUGAACCAUGAACAGGU